AUCUACUCGCGCGACAUGAAGCAGCACGUCGUUCCUCUACGACAUGUCUUCGACAUUCUUCGACAAGAACAAUUCUACCUCAAAUUGUCCAAGAGCGAACUUGCCCUCACAAAAGUCCAAUUCCUAGGACACAUGGUGAGCGCUCAAGGAGUUCACGUCGACCCCAAGAAAAUCGAAGCCGUACAUGCGUGGAAGAUGCCGGAGAAUGUGAAGGAGUUACAGCAGUUCCUAGGCUUUGCUAACUAUUACAUUAGGUUCGUGCCUCAGUACGCAAAAAUUGCGACACCACUCACGAAUCUGCUGAAGAAGAACACGCCCUAUACAUGGGAAACAAGGCACCAGGGAGCUGUGGAGCAGCUGAAACAAGCAUCCACGUCCGCGCCUGUACUCAUCUUGCCAGACCCCGAACGCGACUACGUCAUCGAAGCUGACGCUAGUGACCAGGCAGUGGGGGCAGUCAUGAUGCAAGAGUAGGGGAACCAAUCGUCUACCUCAGCAA